UAAGAGUUCUAAAUAAAUCUUGAUAUCGUGACGAAAUUUCAUGUUUUCCCAAUGAAAAUAAGUUAUAUAAACGUCAAGUGUAUUAUAAAUUGUACCGCCUAUUAGGGACUCGAACACUUUACAAUCGGAAUAACUAGGCUCAACAAGAUGAACAUUUUUGCAUUGGUUGUUGUGGUAUCAUCUUUUAGCAGUACCUUGGGGUUCCUUCUUCAAUCAUGUAACAAUGACAGCGACUGUAAGAACGGAGGUUCCUGCCAAGGAGUGGAUAGGUACAAACGUUGCCACUGCGAGCAUAAUUAUAUUGGGAACUCCUGUGAAAUAGAUCUAGGACACAUAUGCGAUUCAAACAGAUGCCACAGCCAUGGUCGAUGUGAAGCCAGCCGUUUCUACCCGCCUUACUACUUCUGCCAUUGCGAAACCGGAUACCAUGGCCAUGAUUGUCAAUACGCCCCAGCCACACAUUUGGCGGCUACACAACCACAACCGACAACAACACUGCCAUCAACACCACCAACAACAACACUUAUACAAACAACAAAAACAACACCAACAACAACAUUGCCUACAACACCACCACCAACAACAACUAGACCAACAACAACACUGAUACAAACAACACCAACAACAUCGCAUCAUACUCAUAAAACCACAACACCACCUAACACAGUGAUGACCACAACCCACAAGCCAACAACAACAACAACAACUACGUCAGGCACAACAUUUAAUCCAACUACACCGACGGUUGCGACAACAACCGAGUUACAAAUGUACUCAGACACACCUCGCUGUUCGAAAUUCAAAACUGUGUUCGACAUUGCUGGAACUAUUAUUUCCCACAAUGCCCUUGCGUCGGUUUGCCCGAAAUCCGGUAACCAUUCGUCCCCAGAAGCAUUCGUACUCAACCACUGUACUCUUACGAAUACAGACCCAAAGGGAUGGAAAAUAGGGCACCAGGUCAUGUACAACUGCGCGGCUGUACCUCCAUACACACCAGUGAUUGAAACAUUUGGCACAUACAGUCCUAACACUCAUCGGUCAGGAAUCUUUUUGGAAUGUCUGCCGGAACCCGAGGGCUUUAAGUUGUUGUGGUAUCGUCUGUUAUCAGUACCUUGGGGUUCCUUUUGCAAUCAUGUAACAAUAACAGCGACUGUAAGAACGGAAGUUCCUGCGAAGGAGUGGAUGGGUACAAACGUUGCCACUGCGAGCAUAAUUAUGUUGGGAGCUUCUGCGAAAUAGAUCUAGGACACAUAUGCGAUUCAAACAGAUGCCACAGCCAUGGUCGAUGUGAAGCCAACCGUUUCUUUCCUCCUUACUACUUCUGCCAUUGCGAAACCGGAUACCAUGGCCAUGAUUGUCAAU